UGAGCGGCGGUGGGCAGGGGCCGGGAGGCGGGGCCGCCAGGUCAGGCAGGUCUGCUCCGCCCCGCCGCGCGCCCAUAGCGCGCAGCCCGUCGGCCAGCUCGCACCGUCCCCCAGGCCUCUGGGCGCCGAGGCACCUCGCCGCCGUCUUCCUGACGUCGACCCUCCCGUCUCAAGCCUCGCGCCGCCCGUCCCUCAGCCUACUCCCGGCGCCCUACUCCGUCCUUCCGCCCUCCCGCGAGCCCCCGGCCUGCCUCGCGCCCCUCGCGCCCUCGUCCUCGACGCGCGCGCAGCAUGGCGCCCCCCCAGGUCCUCGCGUUCGGGCUCCUGCUCGCGGCAGCGACGGCAGCGGUGGCCGCGGCCAAGGAAGAAUGUGUAUGUGAAAACUACAAACUGACCACAAACUGCUCUUUGAACGCAUAUGGUCAGUGCCAGUGUACUUCACUUGGUACACAAAAUUCCGUCAUUUGCUCAAAAUUGGCUACCAAAUGUCUGGUGAUGAAGGCAGAAAUGACUGUCUCAAAGGAUGGGAGAAAAAAGAAACCAGAGGGCGCUAUCCAGAAUAAUGACGGUCUCUACAAUCCCGACUGUGAUGAGAAGGGGCUCUUUAAAGCCAAGCAGUGCAAUGGCACCUCCAUGUGCUGGUGUGUGAACACUGCCGGGGUCAGAAGAACCGAUAAGGACAGUGAAAUAUCCUGCUCCGAGCAAGUGAGGACCUAUAUUUACAGUGCACUCAAAGAGGUAAUCACAAGUCGUUAUCAGCUGGAUCCAAAAUAUAUCACAAAUAUUCUGUAUGAGAAUGAUGUUAUCACUAUUGAUCUAGUACAGAAUUCUUCUCAGAAAACUCAGAAUGAUGUAGACAUAGCUGAUGUGGCUUACUAUUUUGAAAAAGAUGUUAAAGAUGAAUCCUUGUUUUAUUCCAAAAGGAUGGACCUGAAAGUAAAUGGGGAGCUACUGGAUCUGGAUCCUGGUCGAACUUCAAUUUACUAUGUUGAUGAAAAACCACCUGAAUUUUCAAUGCAGGGUCUACAAGCUGGUAUUAUUGCUGUCAUUGUGGUUGUGGCAAUAGCAAUUAUUGCCGGAAUUGUGGUGCUGGUUAUUUCCAGAAAGAAAAGAAUGGCAAAGUAUGAGAAAGCUGAGAUAAAGGAGAUGGGUGAGAUGCACAGGGAACUCAAUGCAUAACACUGUAAUUUGAAGAGUAACUACAAGAAGGGAGACUAGCAAACAGACUCAGAUUACAAGUGUAUAAGCAUGGGGCAAAGAGAAGAUCUUUGAGGACUACUAUUUUGUUAGUUAACAUCAUAUAUUUGUAAUAGUGAAACCUAUACUCAAGAUAUAAGCAGCUUCAAAUUGACUUUACCAAUCUUAAAAUUUGACCACAGGUGUCAUAUAUAUGGAGAUCUAUAUAAAACCCAGAACUUGGACUGCAUAGUUUAAGUUAUUUAUGCCUAACAUUGAGGGGUAUGCAUUAAGUAUGCUUCCACAGUAGUCUGAAUAACUACUGUCUGGGCCACUUGUGAUUAAAUAGCUGCCUUUCUGUUUACUUUGAGUCUUGUAAAUAAAAACUUUUUUUUAAUAAACUAUAAUAAAACACUCAAAAAAU